AUGUUGAAAAUUACUUUUUUAAUAUUACUUUAUUUCUUUUGCACCAAAUGCUCUGGAUUUGAAUCCAACUGUAAUUGUGGUUGGAGAAAUUUUGGGAAAAUCAUAGGAGGUGAAAAAUCAGAUGAUGGCGAAUGGCCAAUGAUGGCUGCACUUAUGUCAAAACCAGAAAACGUGCAGUUUUGUGGUGGCACUAUCAUCUCAAAUCAUCAUGUAUUGACUGCAGGGCACUGCGUCCAUGCCCGUUACAAGAAACUUCCUGUAAGUUCUUUCGGUGUCGUUUUUGGAAUUAACAACCUCGAUGAAGUAAAACCAAGCAAUAUAAUAUCCCCAAAGAAAAUAAUAGCACACCCAAAUUAUGUUUGGCCUCUUUCUUACGACGUUGCAAUUUUGGUCAUGAAGUCGAUAGAAUUUUCACACAAUAUCGGCCCUGCUUGCCUCCCUCUCAAAAAGUUCAACGCCGUUGGAAAAACUCUUCACCACACAGGCUGGGGCAUGGUGAAAGCCUAUGGCAUGGGUUCACGAAUCCUAAAAAAGACAAAACUUGAAGGGGUAGAUCUGGACCUCUGCAACAGCACGUUUGCCCAGUAUGAACAUUUGGUCAAAAUAAGGGAACAUCACCUAUGCACCUACCAGCCAGCUACAAGUCAGUGUAAGGGUGAUUCAGGAGGGCCAAUUCUGUGGGAUGAUCCCAAAACAAAAAGAUACUAUCUUGUUGGAUUAAUAUCUUUUGGGUGGUAUUCUUGUGAUACACCUUCUGUUAAUGUUGACGUCAGCUAUUUUGUCCCUUGGAUUUACCAAAUUCUAAGCACAACUGGGGACGAUGUCUGUGCUUUUCAGGAACUUUGA